AACGCGGGGAAGAAGAAGCACACUUAAAAGUAGGAAGCAGUCAAAGUGUUUCCAUUCGGAAAAUCUAGAGUCCGGUGUCAAGUCACCGAACGGAAAGCCAGCAGAGCCCAAGCAUCGAGAUGAAACCAGCUGCGAUUCCGGCGAACGAACGUCGUCUAGCCUUCUUGGCGGAGUGGUACCACGCGGAAGCAGGCAUAAUCCGCACCUUCCUGAUCACUUACUAUGUGGCCGACAAAGCGGUCGAGGUGUUUGACCAGCGCAACAAGCGAACCUUCUUGCGUCGCACCAAGAUUCCAGAGCUGACGCAGCGCGACUUUUUUGUCGGAUCCAAGAUUAAUGUGUUUGGCCGCCAGUUCGACAUUGUGGAUUAUGCGGACGAUAUUACGCGAACCAACCUUGCCAAAUAUCGCAAAAAGGGCUUCGUUCUUCUGAAAAACAGCAUGUGGACGAAGCAUCUCGGCAAGUUUCUAAAGACGCUGAUCGACAACAAGAUAAACAUAAACCAAGGCUUGAUGGUAGAUCUCACACCCAAGAUGGCCACUCAGUUCCUAUCCGGCAAGGACAAGACAAACGUCUCCAGCUCUGUCCUGAUGAACGAAGUGCUGGCUGGUCCGGCUAUUAGCCUGGAGUUAAUAGGAGACAACGUGGUCGAGACCAUGAAGGCCUGCGCCAAUUACAAAAGCACCGAGGUGGAGGCCACUGUGAAGCUGCCGCCCGGCCUGGAGGAGCUCUGCGAGUGCGAGGAGAUCCGCCACGGGUUUUACUACUCCGACAGCGAUAACGACGUGGUGAUGGACCUGCGGUUCUUCUUCGAGUCGAGCCACAGAAUCAUCAAGGAGUGCCUGUUCCAGAACACCACGCUAGCCAUCAUCAAGCCGCACAGCAUCAAGGACGGUCUGCUGGGCGACAUCGUUUCGGAGAUUCUGGCCAACGGCUUCCGGGUGACGGCCAUGCGCAUGAUCCUGAUGGCGCGCAUUAACUGCGAGGAGUUCUACGAGGUGUACCGCGGUGUGCUGCCCGAGUACAUACCCAUGGUGGCGCAGCUGGCCAGCGGGGUAUGCAUGUGCCUGGAGAUCGCGUGCGCGGAUCCCGACAAGCAAGCGCACAAAGAGUUUCGCAACUUCUGUGGCCCGAUGGACCCGGAGAUCGCCAAGCUGCUGCGCCCGCACACGCUGCGCGCCAAGUUCGGUAAAUCGAAGGUGCAGAACGCUGUCCACUGCACCGAUUUGCCAGAUGAUUGCCACCUAGAGCUGCAGUACAUGUUUAAAAUCAUUGACUGACCCAGUUAACUUAACUUGGUGUUUAAAUAUUUAUUUUUAGUUUAAUGCGUGUGUGCAUGUGUGCGUGUCUCAAUAAAUUACCAGUGAUGACAAUGUA